GUCGGUUGUUUUCUCAGCCUACAACUGGUGUCCUGUACAAAGAGGAUAACUACAUUAUAAUGACCACUGUGGACAAAGAGAAGUAUAAAUGUCUGCUUCCGCUGAUAGCAAGUGGCAGUGAGGAAGAAGAAAAAGACUAUAAAGGUCCUACUCCAGGAGAGUUACUGGAACCACUUUUUAAGCAAAGUAGCUGUUCAUACAGGAUUGAAUCUUACUGGACAUAUGAGGUCUGCCAUGGCAAACACAUCCGCCAGUACCAUGAGGAGAAGGAAACAGGACAGAAAAUAAACAUCCAAGAAUACUAUCUGGGGAAUAUGAUGAUGAAGAGCCCAUUAUCGGAAGCAGAUCAAGAAGAGAAGGAAAAUCCCAAAGAGACUGCAAAAGAGAUACCUACCAAAAAUAUAGAAGGGCAGAUGACCCCAUACUACCCUGUGGAAAUGGGAAAUGGCACACCUUGUAGCUUGAGGCAGAACCUACCCAGGUCAAGUACAGUGAUGUACAUCUGUCACCCAGAAGCUAAACAUGAGAUCCUUUCAGUAGCAGAAGUUACCACCUGUGAAUAUGAAGUGGUUAUAUUGACACCUCUGCUCUGCAGCCAUCCUAAAUACAGGUUCAGGGCCUCUCCUGUGAAUGACAUCUUCUGCCAGUCUCUGCCAGGAUCCCCACUUAAGCCCCAUAAUCUGGAACAGCUGGAGAAACAGCAAGAGAUGAUGAAGAUGCCUUUUAGAAGGGUUAAGGAGGAAGAAAUGCAGUCAACAAAAGAAGAGAAAUUUUCUUCCAUUCACAAGCCUGUUGCUGUUGGAAGCCAUCAGCUAUUAACCGUGGGAACAACCCACAUCUCCAAACUGACUGAUGACCAACUUAUAAAGGAAUUUCUUAGUGGUUCCUACUGCUUCCAUGGGGGUGUCGGUUGGUGGAAGUACGAAUUCUGCUACGGCAAAUACGUUCACCAGUACCAUGAGGACAAGGAGACUGGCAAGACUUCUGUGGUGGUGGGUACGUGGAACAAGGAGGAACACAUUGAAUGGGCCAGGAAGAACGCUGCUAGAACAUAUCAUCUCUGGGAAGAUGGCACGCAGACGGUUCG